CAAUUAUAUCACUCUCAGGCGAAUACCAGCAAAAUAUUCCAGUUUUAUGUCCAACAGAUGAACCUUCAGGGAAUCCUUAAAACUGAUGACUUAAUCACCCGAUUCUUCCGUUUGUCGACCGAAAUGUGUGUCGAGCUUUGCUAUCGUAUACUCAACACCGCCGCCCAAACUCCCGGCUCAUCCAACAUAAUCGAUGUCCGUUCCAAGUGUUUCCACACUUUGGAUGCGUUCACACAUCUCAUAGUAAUGCUCGUCAAACACAGCGGCUCUUCAACCGCCGCUUCGGGCGCCGCCUCCGAAACCACCGCUAAACUCAAUCUAUUAAACAAAGUGCUGAACAUCAUCGCAGGUGUGGCCACUCAGGACCAGGACAUAAGACAAGCGGACUUUCAACACUUGCCGUAUUACCGCAUAUUUGUAUUGCUGUUCAUGGAGUUAGUGCUCGGACCCACCAAUUUGGGUCUCCCGGGAUCCGUAUUAUUACAACACAACCAAAUAGGCUUAGGUCUGAAUCCAUCGCAAUUGGAUCCGUUGCUCGAAUCCAUUCAAUACCAAGUGUUGACCGCAUUCUGUAACACACUUCACGUCUUGAGACCAUCGAAAGCGCCGUCGUUUUCGUUCGCGUGGCUCGACUUCAUUAGUCACCGAACUUUUAUGGAGAAGUGUCUGCUCUCGGGUUCCAUCAACUCUGGGACGCCGACGAAGGGAUGGCAAAUGUACGCCCAAUUGUUGGUCGAUUUAAUCAAAUUCGAGGCCCCAUUCCUACGGAACGUGGAAUUGCCUCAAUCUAUGGAUUCCCUCUAUAAAGGAACAUUGAAAGUGUUUUUGGUUCUUCUGCACGACUUCCCAGAAUUCCUGUGCGAAUAUUGCUAUGGUUUAUGUGAUGUGAUUCCGUGUAAUGCGAUCCAAAUGCGAAAUCUAGUGUUGAGUGCAUUCCCUCGCAAUAUGAGACUUCCAGACCCUUUCACUCCCAACUUGAAGAUCGAUUCGUUGCCCGAAAUAAGUCAACCGCCGCGCGGCUCAACAGCUUUGGCCACUUUCGGCACAACAGUGUUUAAGAAGGAUUUGGACUCAUAUCUGCGCACUCGAAGUCCUGUCACUUUCUUGAGUGAUUUGCGCGGAUAUCUACAGCUAUCGGCUCCCAAUACGACCACUGAUUCGGUUCAUUACAACAUCCCAUUAAUCAAUGGUUUGGUUCUAUAUGUGGGACAGACGGCUAUCCAAUCGAUUCCGCCAAAGAGUAUCAGUAUGUCAUCGAUAGCCCACUCCUCACAUAUGGAUAUAUUUCAAAAUCUUGCGGUCGCUCUCGACACUGAAGGUCGCUAUCUAUUCCUGAACGCAAUCGCCAAUCAGUUGCGUUACCCCAACUCUCACACCCAUUACUUCAGUUGCACUCUUCUCUAUCUGUUCGCCGAAUCCAAUACCGAAGCGAUUCAGGAACAGAUCACUCGAGUCUUAUUGGAGCGCCUCAUUGUGAACCGUCCGCACCCGUGGGGCCUAUUAGUGACUUUCAUUGAGUUAAUUAAGAACCCGUCGUUCAAGUUCUGGAACCACGAGUUCGUCAGAUGUGCGCCAGAGAUAGAAAAGCUGUUUGAAAGCGUCGCCCGUUCUUGCAAUGGGGCCGCACAUCGAGGCACUGCAGGCACCGGUCCCUCAACUGCCGACACCAAUAUCUCUCAAACCAAUCAAAUGACCUAAAAUUACAAUUGAAAUCAUUUCUAAAGUCAACAUUAAUUGUGAAUA